AGUUUUAGUAUGAACAUUAGCAUCGUUGCAUUUACUCGAUAUUAGGUAGGAUAUGUGGUUGCAAUAAAAAUACGUGAAAGUUAGACAUUUCAACUUUACAUAUUAUGAAAAUAUCAAUAAAUAGAUAUUAUCAGGAAUAAUAGAAUUGAAAUCGAAUAAUUUAUUUUCAUAGCCUGAAAAGUACAUGAAAAUAGCUAAGCCGUUGGGUUGGUCAAGCUGGUAGUCAAUGAUCUAUUUGAUAUUUCAGAAAUAACAAAGGGAAACUGUGGAUAUAUCUGUAUAAAUCAUUCUAAUAAAUUAAACUUAGAAAAAGAAUAUUCAAAUUUUAUUGUUUAUUUCUUUCAUUAUUUUGUCCUAUUUUCAGAAAAUGGAUAAAGAGGUUAAAGUUGAGAAACAGGAAAGUGCUUUUGAUGACAGUUGGAUUGGAGCUGCACGUAGUGAUACGGCUACUCAGCAGAUCAAGAUCGAGAAGCAGGAGGAUGAAUUUGGAGAAUGUGAAUUAGCAACUAGCAACAUCAAAGAUGAGUCAUCCUCGCACAAUGGCUCACCUUCCAAUCGGAUGGCGAGAGUUAAGCAGGAGAAUGAUAGCAGCCAAGAACCAGCGCAAGAGUGCAGCACUGCAUGCUCUCCAACUGAUGAUGAUUUCAGCCAACAACAUUAUCUAAUCCCUGGCUAUAAUCUAAUAUUCAUCAAAGAGGAAGAAUAUGGUGAGAUUCGUGUUAUUUUUUCAUUCAUUUUCAUUCAUCAAUGAUAAUAACACAUAACAGGAAAUGAAUGAACUAGU